AUGACAACGCCGCAACAGCGCAAGAUCGAGCUUCAGUCUCCUGCAGACUUCACUUACCUGUACGCCAACACAGUCGCUCUCUCGCGCCAGAAGCUAGACCAGGCUUUACCCCCUUCAGCGAACAACGAUGAACCCGACCCGAUGCGCGAACGCGUGAAAGAGUUGGUCGACGAGUACAUCAAUCGCACCUUCACAACAGCCUCCGCCUCAAUCAGUAUCAACGGAAUCGACUCCUCAUCCCCCCAAUUCCCGUUCCCGGCCGCAUUCACCGCGCCAGAAACAGUCGAGUAUGAAGCCUACGAUGCAGAACUCGCCUCGCGUGUAACUUCUCUAUACGCCCAGCUCGAAUCACUCACUACAACCGUCGCCCAAUUACGACGCAGCGGGCCGCAGGCAGCUGCAAGGGAUUAUGCGGCGCAGUUAACACAACUGUUGCAAGAGGAGGACGAGGAAUUUGAAAACUCGCUUAGGAAUAGCGAAAGCACAGAGCAGCUCGCGGAAGACGGCAUGGACGUGGAUAUAAAGGCGGAGUUCCAACCGAUGGAUCCUUCGUGGAAAUUGGAUGUACAGCUUGGGACGGAGGAGGAGACGGAGCGGUGGCGGAGUGGGGAUAUGGCUGGUGUGUAUGAGGAUGCGUUGCGGACACUACAGCGAUUACAAGGCGAAGGCGAGGACGUUGCGGUGGGAGAGGGCAAUGCUCUGGCGACGACGGUUGGGAAAGCGGAGCGAGCUGCACGGGCAGCCGAAGUGGUUGAGGGUAUGUGA